AUGGGUUCUUUUCAUCACUCUCUCAUCCACUCCUCUUGCCUCCAUCUCCCUGGGAACAAGGUGCAGCUCCAGCCACAAGACAUGUCCUGCUACAACCCGUGCCUGCCCUGCCAGCCCUGCGGCCCGACCCCGCUGGCCAACAGCUGCAAUGAGCCCUGUGUCCAGCAGUGCCAGGACUCCCAUGUUUACAUCCAGCCCUCCCCUGUGGUGGUGACCCUGCCCGGCCCCAUCCUCAGCUCCUUCCCGCAGAACACCGCCGUGGGAUCCUCCACCUCCGCAGCCGUUGGCAGCAUCCUCAGCUCUCAGGGAGUGCCCAUCAACUCCGGGGGCUUUGGCCUGUCUGGCUUGGGCAGCGGCAUCUGUGGCACGAGGAGGUGUUUCCCCUGCUAA